AAAGUUAUCAGUAUGCAAAAGCACUAUGUCUAGUAUAACUAAUACAAGUGAAUGGUCUUUAUCAUCAACACUACCACAUAUAAUUCAUGCACUGCCUUAUUCAGAUUCAGUCAGACAGCGUCAAAAGCGUCGGCAAAAACAAUUAGAUCAUAAAAAGUAUGGGGAUGAUAGUGAUGAAUCAGAAUAUGAAGACGAAUGUGAAGAGGAGCAUAUAACCGACAUUAUACUGACAUUCGUAUUAGGAGUUGAUCCUAGAAGAUUAAUAAACAAAGAACCUGUAGUAAAUAGACCUAAAUCAUUUAAUUCAAGUUCAUCAAGUUCAAAUAAAGUACAUACUAACUUUAUGUAUUUCCACUUGGAAUUUUCAAUAUUAAAUCGAGAGGACUAUAUUUUUUCUACUGAUGUGGUAAUAUUUUCAAAAUCAAUUGCAAAAAUAUAUCCAACUAACUGUACAUCGAAAAUGACAACACCCUGUGAAUUCGAUAAGACUUUAUGGAUCACAUGGACUGAACAAAUACCAAUUGUAAUUACAGAUGAGACAAUUAUAAACUUUUGGAAUUUAACACAAAAUGGUGGUAUUCGAGUUAAAUGCUGGGAUCAACGAGAUAAAUGCUCUAUUCAAACGAGAUUUGACAGACCAAGAUCUGUAAGUGGUAAAAAUAAUAUGAAUAGUCAAGUAAACGACAAUUCAACAAAUAGUAUAGGACUAAAUGAUGUCCGGUCUACGAUAGAUGUACUGAAGACCUAUUGCAGAGAUUCAUCUAACAUGAAAAAGACAAGUUUCGAUGUUAAUCACAUUCAUACAGAGCAUGAAGAGACAUUAGAAGUAAAAAAGGAUACUAUAAAACAUAACAAUACAUCCCUUAGAACUCUGAGUAGUGCACAUAUUUUAACGAAUGUUAAUCAGAGAUCAGUAAAAAUGAGCAAAAUUGGAGAUUUUAUUGAUAACUGGGGUUCAUGUUGUUUAGUUCUACAAAGUGGACAUUUAUUCCGUUUGAAUCCACCAAAAUGGAUUGUAGCACGUAAACCAACAGUUUACAAUGUCCAUACAACUUCGAAACUACCUCCAUCGUCUUCAGUAAUUUUACAAAUAGACAAUAGUUUUGAAGACAUAUUGAUUGGUAUGAAGCUGACUACCUCACUAAUGUCUUUAUAUCAGCGAAGAAAAUUUAAACCUAUCAUAUUAACUAUAGACAAACUGCAUAAUCUCCCUGUGAUAUCACACAAAAGUUAUGAAGAAAUGAGAGACAUUUGUGAACCAGUAAGAUUGAUAACCAAAUUUUCAAAUAUCUGGAAUCAUCAGUCACGAGAGUAUUUUCAAGACAAAGAAGUAUACAUGGAUGAAGUACAAGUAAUUCUAACAAAUAAAGUUGAUUGCUCUCAAUUGCGUGAACUGAUUCAGACUACACCUAUAAUCAUUGACUUACAUGAUCGAGGACGUAAACCGGCUAAAAUGAACAAACCCAAAAGAAACGAUUUAGGUGGUUUAUUUUGUACCGAACCAAAUGAUGAUAAAAUCGGUGAAGUUCAACCAAAUUUACGGACAAACACCUUUUCAGUAGAAGAUACCGAUCAAAAAAAUGAUGAAACAAAUGAUGAAUCAAUAGAAUUUCCAACUGGAAGAAUCAACGUUGAUUUGAGCGAAAUGGUCUGGCUGAAAUGUGCCACCAUGAAACAAAAAUUACCGGUGUUACCAGUAAGCGAAUCUGACCUAGACUUACAUAAGUGCAGUAAAAGCAUUAAGGGGAACCCCAGGCAUAUUUCGCGAGAUUAUAUUGGUUACGUAGACUGGCAGUGUCACUUAUCGAUUGAAAUCGAGAUAAAUAUUAACUUAAAUGAGUUACUUCAGAUAAAUACUACGCCUGGAAAUGUGAAGACUUUUGAACGAAUGGUUUUCAUUUUGGAGAAAGCUGGAAGCAAUAAACAAGAUGUACAUUUUCCUGAAGUAGUCAAACAUAUCAAAUCAUUCGUUCUGAAAUCCAAUGCACAUCACCUAGGGAUAUCGGAAGACUUACCAGUGCACAUAAUACAAGCAAAUAUAAAUUCUAGGCAGUCACAAUAUAUUCCAUGCAUUUAUUCACGACCUUCAAGUUCAACAUCUUUAUAUUCUACUAAAAUAAAUAGUGAACAGGAUCAUUAUUUGAUGGAUCAGUUAGUAACAGGAUUUCAUUUGGUUGACGAAGACUUUGAUUUAAUUGUCCUUGAAACAGGUAAUAGCAAUAUAAGUAAGAAUUUAGAGGAAUUAUUUAAUAAGAGUUUGGAUACAUUCAGUAGCUAUUCAGUGCUUCAGUCUACUGAAGAAAAAAACUGUGUAAAGUGUUUGAAAAACAGUGGUUUGUUGUUUACAGAACGUUUAUAUGCACCACUAAACUGGUGUCUGCAAGAAAAUAUUAUGGCAGUUCCAAUGAGACAAAUAACUGGAAAUUCAAUACUGCAUAUAAGGGAUCUGUUACCCCGUUUAGCCUAUUGCGCCAUCAAUCGAAUUACAAGUCUAAGACUACACUGUCAAACUUUAUCAAGUAGUUUUCGAGCAAAUUUAUUCCCAACCUGUGAAAUGAUGAAGGCAUUAUUCAAAGAGUUUUGUGUAUCGUCACUUUUAACUAAUUUGAAAUCAUCUCCAAGGAGUUUAUCUAUCAAAUCAACGCAGUCAUCUCUGACAAAAAUCGAUACUGAUCAAGUUAGCCAGUAUAGUUUCACCGAUAAGAAUGAAGGUAAUAUUUUUCUAACAAAGGAUUUAAGCAAAAAUAAAAGAAGGUACUUGUCAAAAAGCUGUUCAACAAUGGAUAGAUCUUCAAAACGACCACUUUCAAAAGACAAGAGUUUUUACAAUUCGCUUAUAUUUGAUGAGCAUUACAACGAAAACAAAAAUAUCAUUUAUAAUUACAGUAUUCAAUCUCUUAAUUCGUCAGUAAUUUCAAAAAAUGAACUGUAUUAUGAAAUUCUAUCUAAGAAAGAAAAGUACGCUUAUUGUAAUGAUUAUUUACAUUCAGGAAGCUUCGAAUUAACCCAAGAAGAUUGGUAUAACAAUAAAGCAAUCAAAAGAAAAUUAGCUUUGAGCGCUAAAUCCUUUUUCAAAUCAAGUUCACGAAAUACUUCCAAGCGCAAAAAAGAGAGAAGGUGGAAUAAAUCAACAAAUCUGUUGUGUGAAAAUUCACCAUAUAUCUCAUUCAAAGCAAAACUUUGUCGAGACAUCAAUGAGAGCCAAAAGUCUGUUUGAAAAAAAAUUACGAUUAUUUUCACUCUCACUGUUGUUGAUGUUUGUAUUUUUUAAACAUAUUGUAUACUUAAUAUUUUAAGUAAUUUGAAUACGACAUGUACUGAAAGCAUUCAGCUUCAAAUUGUGGAUAGUCUGUAGUGGUCAUCAUUUAAGCAUAAACAUAUGGUAUAUAUUCCAUGAAGCCGUUCAAUGGUUACGUCAAAAGUCUUGCAUAUAAAAAAGAAAAGCACAAAGAAUAACAUAUGUGUAAAACUUGGGCACUGUGGUAGUAAGUAGUUCCAUAUUAGUUUGUUUAUUAGAUGUAU